AGGGCUGCAGGCUCAGCUCAGCAACGCAACGCAACACAAAGUUGCGGAGCCUCCUUCAGUCCCCUGCCUCCUUUCUUUCCUCCUGCCUUCGCUCUUCAUCGCUCUCACCUGACCGCAUCUCCGCCACAGCACCCCAGAGUUUGGAGCGUUGCUUUUUUCCCCCCGAUCAGAGUGUCUCGUUGCGUCUGAAGAUGCUGGCCUGCACGGAGAUGAUCACCAUGUGCCUCCAGUCGGCCAAGCAGAAGCAUCUCCGGGCUCAGCAGAACCAGCAACAGCUGCUGUACAGCUCCGGACAGGGGCUCAACAUCUUCCACGAUAUUUUCCGCAGAGCAGACAAAAAUGAUGAUGGAAAAUUGUCAUUUGAUGAGUUUAACACUUACUUUGCUGAUGGAAUCCUGACUACCGAGGAGCUACAGGAGCUUUUCUUCUCCAUAGAUGGCCGACAGAACAACAAUCUGGACACUGACAAGCUAUCAGAUUAUUUCUCUCAGCACCUUGGGGAAUAUCUAAACGUUCUCUCAGCUCUGGAGAGUCUGAAUAUUGUCAUUUUAAAAGCAAUGGAUAAAACCAAACAGGAGUACCAGGGUGCCAGCGUGUUGGGUCAGUUUGUCACCAGAUUCAUGCUAAGAGAGACGUCCAGCCAGCUGUUGUCUCUACAGACGUCUCUUCAGUUUGCCAUGGAGGCUGUGGAGGAGCAGAGCAGCCCAGCCCCGAGUGAGGUAAAGACUCCGGAGCUGACAGCGGGACAGAGAAACGGCAGGAGAUGUGGCCACAAGGUCCAAAACAACCCACCCCCGAGAGAUUCCUGCUCUGCCACCCUGACCACUGGUGUCAGCAUGGAAGAUGGAGAGAACUGGUGCUCUCAGAUCAACCGGCUACAGCAACUUUUGGAUAAACUGGAAUGUCAGGGUCCAAAGUUGGAGCCGCUAAAGGAGGAUUCACUGGCCAGCACGUACAAGUCUAACAUCCUGCUUGUCCAGAGGCAGAUGUCUGUGAUUGAUGACGAUCUUGACAAAUUCCGGAAAAUUCUCAACAGUUACGUUGAUGCCACCUCGACCCACUCCGACAACCUGCAUGUGUCGGUUCAAAAGCUCCCGGGAAAGUCGUGUUACAUAUUGUAUGAGUUCUGGCAGGACCGCAUCACCUGGAUCAGUUACCUUCAGUCCAACAACAGCAAAGAUUUUCAGCGCUGUGUCAUUGACAUGUUGGAGGAUGCUGAAGUGGUUUCUACUAUGUUGCUGCCAGCUUCCUGGUGGAUUAUGACUAACAACUGAACGUGGACUGAUAGAUCCGCAGCCCACAUGGACUGAGAGACCCUGCUGUAUCAUCCCCUCCUACUGACAUGCACUCUAACACACACACACACACACACACACACACACACACACACACACACACACACACACACAAAGAGUCACAUAAACGUUUUAAAAGAAAAUACUCUCCAGCUGCUUCUUUGAUUGUUUCGUGUGUCUGAUCACUCAUGUAUCAUCUGCUUGCAUCAAUAAGGCAUUGUUCCAUUUUAUAGGUUGUAUGUACUCAAAAUGAUUGAUUUUGUGUGAUGCGACAGCUGCAUCAUGAUUUUUCUAACAUCCCCUGGCUUGUGUUAUGGCCUCUUUUCCUUUGCACUGUUUGUUGGAUUUUUUUUUUUUUGCAAAAACAGGAAAAACUAAAAAUAAAAGGAGGCUCAUUGAAUGAACUCACUGAAAAUUAAAACAGCAAUGUUUGUAUAAGGUUGGAUUUGGUUGUUUAUUUUCAGCUGCUGAGUGCAUUUAAAUAUGAAAAAAUGAGUAUGCAGAGGUGAUGGAUGUCAGGCAUGUUGAUGGGGUCACAUCUCGGCUGUACAUAUUGUACAUACUGUGACAGUUUGCUUUCAUUCAGCUAUCCUGUUAUUGUGUGCAUUUAAUGCAAAUACAGUUAAUAUUAAAAAUUCUGUCUUCUAUAUAAUGCUAGAUAUAUAAGUGAUCAGUUACUGUAUAUUAGUGUUCAGUUACUGUAUCUUCAACCACUUCUCAAUCACUGAUGUAUAACUGUGUUUUAAAAUGUUCAUAUUUAAGAAACUAUGUGCUUUUAAAUGCGAUUUCAUUAUAUCACAGACCUUUAGAGAGAAUAUAUCAAUGAAAUAUAUGCAUCAUGUUUUCAUUUGGUAAUGGUGGAAUUUAUUCUGCAAAACUACCAAACGUUAUUGCACAAUGACUUUGGUUUAUUAAUCUUAACCACCAAAUGACAGAAAUUCAACUUUAAUAAAAGUAUUGAAAAUC